UAUGACAGAUACCUAGCAUCUAGCAAAACAAUGGCAGCUGCUUACCUCGACCCAAAUUUGAAUCACACACCGAAUCCCAGUGCCAAGACUCACCUGGGUCCUGGCAUGGAGCGCUCCCCUGGUGCCGUGGAGCGAGUAUUGAAAGUCUUUCAUUACUUUGAAAGCAAUAGUGAGCCAACCACCUGGGCCAGUAUUAUCAAGCAUGGAGAUGCUACUGAUGUCAGGGGCAUCAUUCAGAAGAUAGUGGACAGUCACAAGGUAAAGCACAUGGCCUGCUAUGGAUUCUGCCUCAGUCACCUGCGGUCCGAGGAGGUUCACUGGCUCCACGUGGACAUGGGCGUCUCCAGCGUGAGGGAGAAGUAUGAGCUCGCCCACCCCCCAGAGGAGUGGAAGUAAGACGCAAACCUGCUUUGGACUGAUGCACAUCUGCUUUGUUGUCAUGUUAAAACAUGCGUAAGAGGAUAAAUGUGUAUUCUUAGUUUUCAUUAUGACGCCUGUACAAAAGAAAUUGGUUAGUCAUUGCAACCUGUAGACUUCUGUUCAGCCUCUGGC